GUUCGUGAUCGACAAGCGGGGUACUCACCGCGCAUACGUGGACGCGUAGCUACGCGAGAAUCCGCGGUACUGAUUGGUAGACGGGCGAGACGCUACGAGACUGCACGUUUGCGUGCAACCGUUCGCGUCGUCAGUCUCGCGGCGAGCGUCGUGCAGUGCGUAUCGUAGUUGUUCCGUUGAUCGUUUGAGAGCGCUCAUCGAAACCGUCUAGCACGAAAAUUUCCAGUGAACUCGAAAGCUACCCUGUCGAGUGCGCGUGACAGCCGAGAAGGACGAAUAUUUCGUUAGAUCGUGGCAGGCAUCAGGAAGAGACAGAACUCCGCGAGUGUCGGGAGAACGCGUCGCCAUGGGUAACCUGUAUUGUGGCCCGCGGGUGUAGUGCCAACGCGUAAUCGAGGGGAAGUCGGGAGAAAGAGAGAAAGGAGAGCAAAAGAGAGGAGAGACGAUCGCGUGACAGCGCGAGAGGGCGUGAGAGAGAGGGAAGAGCGAAGGGAAGUGAAAAAGUAAGGAAGACAGAGAACGCGUGGACAAGCGUGACCAAGCAAGACUUCGAAAGGCUACUCUCUCGUGGCCGCUGGCGAAACAGAGGAAGAGGAACAGAAGCGCGAGAGAGAGACGGAAAUAAUAAUGCGGACUCGUUGCUUCCGCCUUGAUCAACAGGACGUUCGGAUCUGCUCGUAGACGCUCGAGAUCCUCGCAAAAUGGCGGCCGGGGACGUCCGGUCCCUCUGCCUCGCCGCGGUUCAGAUUACACAUUAAUUACAUAUUUGGCGUGGAGAUCUAACGAACGGCGAAGAUGACUCGAAGAAGAAGAGCUCCUCUCGCGUUAAGCGUAUGCAUAGGCAUAUUUCUGCUGCUCUUCAGCACCGUGGCGGCGGACCCGAUAAAAGAGCCAUCGUCUUCAAUCGCGGGCAAAGUUCUCGCGUCGAACGAGUCGGACACGUCGACGUCGGAGAGGAACGAAACGAUCCCGAACAAAAUACCGACGACGAACGAGGCGGAAGGGAACGAGGGGCCAGUCGACUCGUACAACGCGACCAAAAGAGACCUGGAAACGGUACACGGGAGGCUUAUCAAAGCAGAGGGCGAGGAGAAAGUGGCAGCGUCGAUCGACAAAGUAUCCGAGGCGGAUGGAAUAAGGUCGCGCAACGAAGUCGACAGGUCGUCGACCUUGGAUUCGACUAACGGGGGUUCGAGGUUCGAUGAGAUCCUCUACGGGACUUCGGGGAAGAGCUCGAGCACCAAGACGGUCGCGGAGGACGUUCACAGGCUGUCCAGAACGAACGAUCUGACCACCGCGACCGCGAAACCCGGCCUGGAGGACUCCAGACUCGAGGAGAAGGUGAACGAGACGGUAGACGCCAGCCACGGGACGAACAGAACCGUGAAAACCCUCGAGGAUGUGCUCCAAUCCAGAGAGGAGCUCGAAAGUUCCGCCUCGAGGCCCGAGGGAACGAACUCGACCAUCGAGAAAUCGAUUCUCCCGGAAGAGUUUCCAUCGAGGAUCAAGAAGGCGGAGAAUCAGCGACCUACGAAGAACUCGGAAGUGUCGGACUUGGAAAAGGCGGAGAACGACGGGUCGGUGUCGUUGAUCAACGACACGAACGUCAACUACAGCCACAGGUACAGAACCUCGACGGAGGAGAGCCAUGUUCGAGGGACGUCCAUCGAGAACGGGAACUCGACGCUCGAAGACAGCUCGACUCGCGAAUCUGGAGACCCCAAAGAGGAAGUGGAGGUCGUGGGUAACGUCACGGACGCAGUGACUCAGAGAGUGAUGGAGCAUCAGUCUCCAAACUCGACCAGCAAGCACGAAAAAAGGAAGGACCUCGAGAAGUCCACCUCCAUCGAGGAGAACGAGAGACAGAAAUCGCUGGAGGUCACGUUGGAGACGUCGAGUCCCGUGCCCAGGGGCAGGACGAUCGCUUUUUCAGGGAUAAACGAGUUCCCCGCGGCCUCCUCGAAGCCCUAUCCUUACGCGAGGUCGUCCUCGAAAGAGGAAACUGAGGACGCGACCACGGAAGAGGCUUCCGCGUUGGAGAACACGAUAGGCAGAGGCCAAUCCGAGGAGAAGUUCAUAGUCACAGAGGCGUCUGACGUUUUGGAGAACAGCAUUCAACAGUUUAAACCAGCUUACUACGAGAAACCAGCCAACGAGUCGUCUACGGUCUCGAUGACGACCCUGGAGGAGGCUGUGCCGACGAAUCAGUCGGUCGUCGACGUCGCGAACGCUCCCAAGACGGUCUUGGAGACCGUGGAGAAGUCCACCAGCACGGGAAACGACGUUCCAAGGUGGACGGAAGGCAGCGAAACGAUCGACGGGAAGGGGAACUUCGACGUGACCGGGAACGGGAUAACGGAAGUCAGCUCGAAACCGGAGACUGCCGAUAAACGAGCGAAUUCCACGACGAGACCGCAGACGGACGUUCAGACGAACGCGGAGAGCUCGAUGUUGAUCCGCGAGACCCUGAACGCCACGGAACAGUCCACCGAGUAUCCGUUGAUCAGAGCAAACGCCUCGAGUUCGGAUGCAACCACUUUGAGAUCACCAGAGACCGUGACAGUCUUGUCAACCGUCGAAGACGUCUCUAAUGGAACCAACGAGAUCCCCUCGGGCGUGGCUGGCACCUUCAGCCCCGACAAGCCCUCUGCUUUCGUCCCCACCACCACCAGCAUCGAGUACGAGUUCGUUGGUCUCUCCGAAACGACAGCUUUUCUCAGCCAGAACGUCACCGAGGAGACUCCGAUUUUGGGGACAUCGAACACCACUGUACCGACUGUUCAGGACCUGAGAAACUCCUCCGAGGCGUCCACUGUCGGCGAAACGACAGUCGAGACGGAAGCACCCAACGUCGAUGAUAGAUUCUCCAGCGUCACCGAUCAAACGACCCUGUCCAGGGAAGAGUUCACGACUCAGAGUGUCUUCGAGGAGCAAAGUGAGUCGACGACGACGGAGGAUGUCCAGAAGACCAGCGUGACUGAUUCCUGGACGACAGUGACUGAGGAGGAUGUUACUACCGAAAGUAGCGAGCAGCCAGACUCCAAAGAUUCUCGACUGAUGUUGAAUGUUACUGAAUCUACUAUGAAGACAACGGUGAUAAUGAACGACAGCACCACGGAUGCUGCUCGAACGACUACUUCCAACCCCUUCGCGACCGGAAGUCUCCAGCCAAGGGUCCCCGUUUCGAUCACGAUGAGCACUCCGAUCACUUCCGACGCCACGUUGGAGACGACAGCUGACACGAAGAUGUCCUCCGAGGAGAUCACGUCGCUGGUUCGCAUCGUAAUGAAUGGGAGCUGGUACGACGUGUGCUCGAAGAUCGAUCAAUUGAGACUGACGCUCGUCGAGCUUUUGACCAUCGGGAUGAACCAGUCGAUUUCCGAUAAGCAAAUUAUAUUUCACCAAGAUCGGUGCAGCGAAUCGCCGAGCUCGACGCCGACGCCGGCGGACAUGCUGCCGUCCAUAUUGGUUUACGUCGUCGACAAAAAUGGGAAGUUCGACAGCGCCAUGACAAACAGUUUGCCCGGUUUGUACGAGGAAUUGCAGAAUCGUGUACAAUUCCCGAUCUCGAUACACAGCUUUCUUCUGGUACAGGAAACUAUUCCGGAUUCCGGAAACGCGAUCGCAGUCAUCGUGGUCUCCUCGGUUGCUUUCAUUUGUCUGAUUCUUCUGGCUGGACUUCUGUUUAUAAUGAGGAAAAGGCAAACGAGGUUCAACUACGGCGAACGAUGUCGACCGGUAUCCUUGGACGCCUAUAGCGUCGACAGCGUUUCCGCGUACAACAGCGUGAGACGCAAAGGCGUGGCCAGAUCUUCGAAAAGAAGCUAUGGGAAUCCGACUUUCGAGGAUUCGAGCGCCAUACCGUCCCACCCCUUGAAUUUUGCCGGGCUUUCAUCUUUCUGUAACGACACUAACGCGAUCAACGAGGAAUUCUCUGGUAUUCCGCAAGUUUCGGCGAAAAUCGACGAGCUGCCACUCGGGGCGGAGGUGAAGAAUAGAUACGCGAACGUGAUACCGCUUCCGGAGACGAGGGUGCCUCUCCAGAAGAUGAACAACAAUCCUCUCACGGAGUACAUUAACGCCAGUUACGUCAGGGGGCCGAAGAAUGCAAUGAGGUACUACAUAGCUUGCCAAGCGCCAAUGGAGUCGACCAUCACCGACUUUUGGAGGAUGAUCUGGGAACAACAGUGCAAAGUGAUCAUCAUGUUAACCGAUCUCGUUGAAAACGGGGUGGAAAAGUGUACGGAGUACAUUCCACCCUCGGAAAUAACCGAUUGUCACCGGUUGUACGGUGACUUCCAAGUGACUCUGAAGAAGAGAGAAACCAAAGAGAAAUAUGCCAUUUCAACGCUUCACUUAAAAAAUUUGGAAAACAAUACGUUCCGAGAAGUGUAUCAUAUUUGGUAUUUGUGGCCUGUGAACGGCGCACAGUCUGACGGGGCUGGCUUGAUAGCUGUGCUCCUGGAGGCGAGGGCUCUUCAGAGAGGGGGCCCCGGACCCAUUGUGGUACAUUGUAGUCCCGGCACUGGACGCACGGGGACUCUAAUAGCUCUUGACCUAGGUAUUAGACAAUAUGAGAUUACGAGGACUGUGGACGUGCCAAGGGUCGUUUACACUAUCAGACGGGAUCGUGCUGGGGCUGUGCAGACGAAAGAACAAUAUGCCUUCAUCUACAAGGCACUGAAUUUGUACGCGACCAAACUUGCCGGCGGUGUGUUGGACUCGACGUGAAUCACGGACCAUUUCUAGACCCUCUCUCGAUAAGUGUACCCCAAGUCGGAGCAGAGAACUGCAUUGUCGGUAACCGAUAAAGUAACAUCACCCCCCUCCGAAGGCGAUAAGAGUCACGAGAUUAUAACACGCGAGAUGCUAUUGAUUACCUGAAUAGGAACAUACGCUGAUCGAACGGAAGAAGGUAACUUGUGAUACGUGGACCACUCUGACGAUCGUAUUUCCCUUUCGAUUUUCUUCUUGAUCCUCUCGGAGUCCGAUGAUUUCGAUAACGGAGAUUCGUGACGCCUACGUUUAUUUGCUCGUCUGUUACCUCCGGUCUGUAAUUCAUUUUUUCUAUAAAAUUCUUAUGCAGCUUUCGCGAAAGGACUUAAAUCAUUUAUAAAUACAACUAAGCAUCGACUGAUCACUAUAAAUAAAUCGAUAAUACUUACGUGAUAUUUAGAGUAUCUCAAAACGAUUUUUAAUGCCUCGAUAUUCUUACUCUGAGCAGAUCUACUGUGCAGAGAUCAGAAGUUACCAACCGAGUCUGACCACUUAUAGUGUAAUCUACUUCUCACAGAUCUCCUUCGAUCUAUAGGAGAUUAUACUGAAGCUGGUCAGACAUGCUAGCCAACUUCUCGUCGUUGCACAGUAGCAACAUAAACAGGAGUUUGUACCAUUUUUUUUAUACUCUGGUUAAAAAUCUAUCGUCAACAUCAUCAAUAAAAAUUAUUUUUAUUAUUAAUGAAAUUAAACUCCGUUGCAAUUUGGAGAAUUCUAUUCCAUGCAUUGUUUAAAUACUCUUAAAUUUCUUAAAAAAUUGUUAAAUACGAAACGAAUAUAGUUUUCGUAAUGAAUUUUACGACCAAGAGAAAACGACGACACAGGCAAUAUUUAAUUCGAGCGAAUCAUAGGAACCGAGAGGCAAAUAUUAAUUUGUGAUAAAUGAACCAUCUGUUGAUGAUAUUCAGCUUCGUAUUUCUUAAGCCUGUUCGAUUUCAUACGACUCUUUUUACUAUAGAUUUCGUCUCCUUUGUCGAUACUUUAAUAUACAUGUAUAUGAAUUCUAUAUAUACAUAUAUACUUAUAAAUAAAUGUAAUUAACUAUAGCUAAAUAUUUAAUGUUGAUAUAAUUACGUUUGGUAGCCGGUAGCGUUAUUUCGAAAAGGCUGUCGUGGAAAACGAUUUCAUUUUAUAAAUAAUUACCGUAACGAGAAUCACACGACGAGAAUAUCUAUCUUCGAGAAUCGAUAAACAUAUGUGUUUGUAUCGUUUAUACGUGUGCAUGUUAAUUAUUCUUUAAUAUCAUCACCGUUUAGCAAUAUUAGGUUUGUAAGCAAUUCCGAGAAAUCGUUGAAUCGAUUUCUUCUUCUUUUCUUCUUCGAACAGAGACUAGGUAUUAUCGUACUAUUGUUGUUAUUGUUGUUGUUGUUGUUAUGAUUGUACAGAUAUUUUGAUUCGUAGCACGUCGCUCUCUAUAAUUGUACAUAGAAAAACAGAAUUAAGAUGAUUAAUUGUAUCUCGGUAGAAUUUCGAUUAAAAAUUUAUUCCUUGUUUUGCAAAUGUUCUUUUGUUUUCGAUCGUCAAUGUUCUUAGGACUUCGACCACGUUUGCGAAAUGAGCCGUAUUAUCCCGUAAAUUUUGUCGACUUCGUUGGACGCGACGUUAUUCAAAAUGGCGGGCGUCUCGCGGUCCAGAAACAUUCAAAGAGUAAACAAAUUCAUGCACAAUUUUUUCUCCAUGUAUUUCUUAAAUAAUUGCAAUUAUUCACAAAGAACUGAAAUGUAAUUAUAAUGUAUAUUGCAACGUUAAUUGCACAGUUUCGUUGUUUAACAAAACCUGUUGUUAAUAUUAAGACUUGGAUGAUAAAAAUUUAUAAAAGCACUACAUUCGAUCGAAAAUAUUCUUAUGGAUUAUGAUUUGUUAUGGUUAACGUGAAAUAGAGAUAAAAUUAGUUUGGUGAUCGUGAAACGUAGUAAAAAUAAUCGACAAAAUCUAUGGAAUAAUUUAGAACGUCACCGAUAUGUCUUCUACGAAACCAAAAUUGCACUCUGAUCGAUACAAAUUGUGUAUUCGAAUCGUGAAAAGUCGCGUGAAAGUAGAGAGUGGAAGGAAGAGCAAAGAAUUUCUAUAACUUUGCAAUCGAAUGGUCCACGUUUGCGGAACGAUUAUCCCGUAAAUUUUGUCGACUUCGUUGGACGCGGCGUUAUUCAAAAUGGCGGGCGUCUCGCGGUCCAGAAACAUUCAAAGAGUAAACAAAUUCAUGCACAAUUUUUUCUCCAUGUAUUUCUUAAAUAAUUGCAAUUAUUCACAAAGAACUGAAAUGUAAUUAUAAUAUAUAUUGCAACGUUAA